AUGAAGACAGCUCUUUCGCUCACGGCUUUGGCCUCGUUGGCUGUCGCAUCUAAUACCAAUCUAGACAUUUUCACAUCCCCAAACAAGAUGAGUAUUGAAGAGUGGCAGUCCCGCUUCAAGAGCUCCAACGCAACUGGAACAUAUGCCUUUGAAGGCUAUAAUGUUUCUGAACCGUCCCCAGCAAACAAGACCGUUGACGGCUGGACCGCGACUAUUCGUGUAGCCAAUAUCACAGACGACCCGGAUGCUGAUCAAUCUUACCCUGGCAUUGAUAUCAGCGUCAAAGCACUCGAUGGGAUGAAGCUGCCAGAGCUGAAUAGCAGUCAGACCAACUCUUCGAAUUGGCACGUCUGUAUGUCUUUCUGGACUAUAGGUCGAAUGGAAGAUAGAACGACCAAUGAUGCCCAAGAUGACAACGGAGACUGCAGCUCGUUCCUGUCUCAAGAAUGCAUUGAGGCCUUGAAAGACGCAGGAAUCGCCCACUCCUGGAACGGCCGGCGUUGCGGAAAUGCACCACGGCUUCCUCGAGAAUGCGGCGAUUAUUACAUACAUACCAGUAGGCCCACGGAGACAGGAUCUCUAGGGGCAAAUCUUAGCUUGUUUGACGGAAGUAUACUGAUCAGCCAACAGGUGCACACGAACGAAGGCCAAGUAGGAAUGAGCCAGAAGGACGCAUAUAACGGAGCUGUGCGUGGUGUCUGGACUGUCAUGAUUGGUUGGGGACGACAAACCAACUUCAGCUAUUCCAAGGACGAUGUGAUGCAGCCCGCGCUUCUUUGUUUGCGUGCGAGGAAUAUAACGAACGGUAUUGAAGAUCCCAACGCUGGUGUGAGGGCGACUGUUCAUGGACCUGUGGCAUUUGUUGUGAGGUUGAUCACAGAGGACGUUCAUCUCAAACCAUAA